AUUGCUUUGUCGUGAUGUAUGAAUAGGCUAAUGGCUGCUAGUUUUCGAGGAGAGCAUUUUGUGAAUGAAGUGUGCUUCAUAACGUUGGAAGAAACUACUGGCCUACUGCUGUUGCCUCACAUUCAGCCCAGUUGCAGCAAUCAUACUUUCAGCGAUAAACUAUGUUCAAAACUGCAGUUUCCUUCCUACCAGCAAGUCAAAGCCUACCAGCAAGUCAAAGCAAUAAGUCUUCAAACUUUCAACGAUACUUUUCCAAUAUUCCAGUUGCCUUCCUACCAGCAAGUCAAAGCCUACCAGCAAGUCAAAGCAAGAAGCCUUCACACUUUCAACGAUACUUUUCCAAUAUUCCAGUUGCCUUCCUACCAGCAAGUCAAAGCCUACCAGCAAGUCAAAGCAAGAAGCCUUCACACUUUCAACGAUACUUUUCCAACAUUGCAGUUUCCUUACUUCAAACAAGUCAGUCCUGUCUAACAAAACCAUGCCGAGGAAUUAUAUUGCAAAGAGAGAAAAGCCAAUUGAAGAAUCAUUACACGGAGCGAUUUCCGAUGUUUUGAGUGGAAAAUCUUCAAUAAGGAAAUCAGCGGAGAAAUUCAACCUAAAACCAUCUACAGUUGCAUUUUAUACCAAACGAUUCUCCUCAAGUGGGCUGUUUCCUCCUGCUCAAAUCAAACGUAAAACUCAUCCUUCGCAAAUAUUUUCUUCUGAAAUGGAAUCUCAGUUAGCAGAAUACUUGAAAAAGUGCACUCUUAUUAAUCACG